AUGAACCAGGAAUCAGCCAGCAAUAGUGCAGUGGACAAACUUUGUACAAGAUUUACGCAGGAACUGAAGACUGUCGAUGCAAAAGAGUACGAUGAAGCUUUGAAUGAGAUCCUAGGGCCGAAAUCUAAGAAUGGAACUGGUGGUAGAUCUACAGAACAGGUAGAAGAGGUACUUACAAGGUCUUUUCAAGACCAUUUUGAAUCCCGUAAGUUGUUAAAGACUUUGGUAGCAAGCGAUGUGACACAAGCUCUGGAUGUCUUUGAGAAGCUUUCUUUGAAGACAGUGGCUCUUCUUGUAGAUUGUUUCUCAAACACCGAGGAUACCUUCAAUCUGUUGAAAGAGCUGCAAUAUAGAAUUCACAUGGGAGAAGACAUCCAUAUUGAAUAUUUGUUAAAUACCGUGCUGCAACUCUUGCACAAGUUCAAUUACAAUUUCGCUCAGGUUGGGUUCCUCGUUCAAGAUCUAUGCCAACGUGUUAAUGAGCCUGAAGUCAAAUCAUUGAUGUUGCUGAUUUUUUCUGUACUGGACAAGAAGUUUCAUGCAAGAUUCAAUGAUAGGCUUCUGAAACUCAUGGACUCGUUAUUAUAUGAGUCAGAAGCUGGUGCCGGGAAUGAUCCGCUUUCAGAAAUAGUUGGUAUAUUGACCGAACUUUACCCAGUCCUCACAAAUUUAUGCUCUGAAAUUUUACUAGGUAAGAGAUUGAAAAUGGAGGUCAAAGAGAAAGUUGUUGCUCAAGACGAUGAUGAUUUUACCAUAAGCUUAUUAAAGCUUUUCUCCAUAGCUUGCAUUGACGAGAUCGUGAGGUCUCAUAUAGCUGAAAAUUAUAUGAGUCUUCUUGAGAGAUCGCUCAAGGUUCGCCAGUUUAGAAUGUACUCAGCGCUUGUUCUGAUCAAGACGUGGUCCUUUACUAAGUUGCAAAGUGUUGAUGUAAAUACUCUCGCUGAAUAUCUCAUUGAAGGAUUCAACUACUCGGAUAUAAAGGAUGAUGAGGGCAUGAACAUUUGCGUUGAAGGCCUAGCAUAUCUGAGCUUGAAGACGUCUGUGAAAGUUAGCCUUAGAAAUAACGUGGUCUCAUGCGAGAAGUUGGCAGGUCUGGCACUUUCCAACAAUUUUAAUUCGACUUUUUAUGGAGUUCUCGUCAUAUUAGCAAACUUAAGUGUGUCUCCAAAGCAGAGCAAAGGAAAAUCUGCUUUUGAAUCGAAAUCAUUAAAGGAUUUACAAUCAUACGCAGACCUGAAGAAUCCUAACUCUUCGGAGGAGGACAAGACGGUUGAAAAAGAGGAAGAUGUUUUGGCUUUCAAUGAAAAGUACUUGUUGCAAAAUGACCUUCUUUCCCAUUUAAAUUCGGUAAUCGCCUCUUUAAGCCACGGCUCCAAGCAGCAACUCAUGAGGAUCAUUUACAAUAUCUGUUGUAAUAGGGACUGCAUCCAAGAAUGCAUAAAGCAAGGUUCUGUUACGGCUGUUCUGCAGUACAUGGCAAAGAAAGAACCGACUAAAGAUUUAAUAAGAGUGUUGGCAUCAAGGUCUCUAACAAAAUUACUAAUUCACACAAAUCCAAACAUUAUAUUCAAGAAAUAUUCCCCGGUGAAUGCAAUUGCCCCACUAUUUGAGUUGUUACCAAGAUUACCUACGGCGGCUGAUGAAUGUGCGUUCGAAGAAGAUGUAGUCACAGUGCAUGAUUCGUACAAUGCGCUUCUGGCUUUAACAAAUCUGGCCUCAUUGAAUAACUCUCAAGGUGAAGAUGUUUGCAGGCGAAUAGUUACCCAUGAGGAGUAUUGGUACGUAGUUGAAAAUUUGAUGUUGGACGAAAACAAGAUGCUCCAACGCUCAACACUGGAGCUUUUGAGCAACCUAAUGGGUCAUCCCCGGCCCAUCGCCGUCAAAUUCUUUAACUUCGACAACCCUCGUAGUGAGAAGAAUUUUGAGAUCCUCGUCAAAUUACUGGAGCUUGAAGAUUUGGAAUCUCAAAGAGCUGUGGCAGCAAUCUUCGCAAAUAUCAGCACAUCAAUUCCCUUUGUAGCACAAGAGCUUCUCAAAAGGACAGAUCUAUUAACAAAAGCAGUUGAUGUUUUGCAUAAUCAAAUAAGCGAUGUCGAACUAAGUGAGAGGCUCAUUCUGCUAUUCCACGCGCUGACUGACGUUAUCCCUGAUGACCAUCCGGAAAUGGGAUCUUUCUUAAUGGGAAAUACCAAAUUAAUCAAAUCCCUGGAACAAGCAUCACAAAUGCCAGACAUUGGUCCACAUUUCGCUGAAUUGAUUCCUAUCACGCUGGAAAGGUGCCAACGCUAA